CGAGCAGUUUCGAAGAAACCCAUCCGCUACGAUGCAUGUGCAAACGUUGGCAUAUGCGAUCUCGGCGUCGUUCACGUUUUUCUCGGUGCUCAUCAGUGGAUGGGAAAUGUGGACACACCUGACGCACAACCCAAGCCCAUCGAACCGAAAGUAUAUCUUGCGGAUCUUGCUCAUGGUCCCGAUCUAUGCCACCACGUCGUAUUGGGCUCUUGUGCUCCAUUCUCACAAGUUGAUCUUUGAGACGAUUCGUGAUUGCUACGAGGCGUUUGCCCUUCAUUCGUUCUUUUACUUCUUGCUCGGGUACCUCGGUGGUCCAUCUGUGCUGGCCAGCACACUACGAAGCAAGAAACCAGUAAAGCACAUGCUUGGCGUCCAGUACCUCGUUCGCCCGUGGACCAUGGGCAACAAGUUCGUCCGAAUGACCAAGAUUGGAAUCUUGCAGUACAUUCCUGUCAAGAUAUUGUGCUCCGUCGUCACCUUUGUCACGUCCUUGCUCGACGUGUAUGGCGAAGGCGAGCUGCGCAAUCCAUUCGUCGCGUACGGGUACAUUUGCUUCAUCCUAACUGUAUCGCAAUCGUGGGCUCUGUACUGCCUCGUGCUGUUUUACCACGCGACGGAGCACGAAUUGGCGCCGAUGAAGCCAUUUCCCAAGUUCAUGGCGAUCAAGAUGAUCAUUUUCUUCACGUUUUGGCAGAGCAUGCUGAUUUCGCUGCUGGAAAUGCUUGGUAUAAUCUCCGCGUCGUGGGGAAUUGGAUGCCCAACGGAUUGCUGGAGUGCUGGUCAAAUCGCGUCGGCCCUUGAGGACUUUAUCACGUGCGUCGAGAUGCUCAUCUUUGCCAUCGUGCACCACUACGCGUUCGCGAUCGACGACUUCAUGGAAGUCUCCAGUGACGACCCAAUCACGCCGACCCCCAAGGCGCCACUAUUGGCCAACUUUAUGGACGUCAUCAAUGUAGCCGAUGUCAAAGAUGACAUCACGAGCUCAAGGCACGAAAUCCUGACCAAGAAACAGCAGCUGGCCGCGCAGUACGACAUGCACCCGUCAGCACCAGCGAUGCCUUGACGAAGGCCACAAGUGCCGAUCAAGCUAUCCAUCGAUUGAGCUUAUUUAUGUCAAUACCUUGGCGCCGCUUCGUCCACAGCGGGCAUGUCCAUCCCGCACAAAGUACUUUGGGUCUUUUUGCGUUGAAGUUUAACGUCUUGGCGCGG